AUGGGGAGCACAGGUGGAGAAUGGGGCCGGGACUACAGCGGCAGCAGUGUGGUGGUGACUGUAGGAGCCACCGGGCCUCUGAAAGGCGUGCAGUUGUGGCGGACGCGGGGCGCCGGCCAGUAUAUGAUCUCCGCCUGUGGAGCCGCGGACGGCAAAGGUGCCAAGGACCACCUAUCAGCGGCGCAUGGAGUCUUCCUCUCCGCGGUAUUCUCCUUGGCCGCGGGGAGCUGCCGCAUCCUCGGGGGGCAGCAGGGAGAGGACGCCUGUCCCUGAGGAAGCCGGGAGAGCCAGCUCUUCUGCCCGGGAAUUUCCACUGAUGAGCACCCGGCGACGGAUGGGAUCGAAGGGAUUCCGGGAUUGCGACGCUGGACAGGAGGCGGCGGGGGUGGUGGGGGCGCCAACCACAUCUUUCGGCUGCGCCCCAGCGAGCCGGAGCCGCUGCUGGUGGCGCCUCAGCAGGCGGUCAGGCGUACCUGAGACCGGACUCAGGCCGCCCCCGAAAAGCUGCAGGACCGCUCGGCGGCGCUCGGGAGCAGCGGGAGAGGCGGGGCGGCGGGGGGUGAUGCCUCGGAGACUGACAUCCUCUGGACUGAUGGGGAAGAUGGGGUAUCCUUCAUACACCCCAACAGAGAUCUCUACCUGCAGCCUCUGGCAGAUAGCCAUGGAGAGGUGGAGAUUUGACUGUACCUCAGUUGCAGUUAUUGCCUUUUCAAAGCCUGCUAAUGGCUGGCAGAGCUCCAGUUGGCCAAAUGCAUGUGCCCAGAGGGCAUGGAGCUGGCUGAGGAUAACAUCACCUGCAUGGGUAUGUCCUGCCUGUGUCUGAGGUCUUUUGGGGUGCUGCUCUGGGACAUCUUCCCACUGGGCUACAUGCCCUAACCUGGGUGCACCAAUCAGGAGGUGCUGGAAUUUGUCGCCUGAGGGGGAUGGGUGGACCCUCUCAGGGGCUGUCCAGGGCCUGUGUACCGUAUCAUGACCCAGUGUUGGCAGCAUCAGCUUGAACGUCACCCUAGUUUUGCCAGCAACUUGGGUCUUCAAUACUGCACUCAGAACCCUGCUGUGCUGAAUUCACCCCUUCCAAUGGAGCUGGGACCCAUCCUGGAGGAGGAAGGGCUGGGAAGCCUGUCUCUGGGCGGCCUAAGGUCUCCACAGACCCGGGAACCAAGUCUGGGAAGCGUGAAGAGCUGGGGAGGGAGCCUCCUUGGCCCCUGGCUGCUCCUGGGCCUCAAGUCCUCCAAAUCCAGUGGUCUCCAACCUCAGAAACUUUGGAAUCCCAGCUAUGGCUCCUGA